AUGACACUCAAGAUAAAGCUCAAAUUCUUGUUCCAUUUAGAUUAUUGGAAUAACAGAAUAACUACCAGCUUGUCCAUUGAAAGAUAUUCAAGUCUCACCUUAAAACAUCAAAAGGCUAAAUUUGUUGAAAUUGCUGAAGCAUUAGAAAUUAUAUGUAUUACGGUAUUUAAGUAUGGUUAA